UGUCGGCGAGCGCGGCGUGCGGGUUCCGAGCGGCUGCGGGCGGCCUGGGCUUCCGGGGCCAACGCCUGGGUGGCUGCCGCUGCCGCGCCCGCUGCGAGAUGGCGAUCUGGGGCGCGGAUGGGUGAGCGCGCCGCCUCAGGAGGAGGUGCCGCCGCCGUGGCCGCCCGGCUGCCGGGAGCCGCCAGCUUCGCGCCGGGAUUGUCUCCUUACCAGACUAUGAGCUCCUUGAAAGAGGGAAUCGUGUCUCACUCAUCUUUGUAUCCCCAGUGUCUAGCACAGUUCCUGAUACAUUGUUUUAGCUGAAUUUUGGGACAUGGCCACUGCUUCACCAAGGUCUGAUACUAGUAAUAACCACAGUGGAAGGUUACAGUUACAGGUAACUGUUUCUAGUGCCAAACUAAAAAGAAAAAAGAACUGGUUUGGAACAGCAAUAUAUACAGAAGUAGUUGUAGAUGGAGAAAUUAAGAAAACAGCAAAAUCCAGUAGUUCUUCUAAUCCAAAAUGGGAUGAACAGCUAACUGUAAAUGUGACCCCACAGACUACAUUGGAAUUUCGAGUUUGGAGUCAUCACACUUUAAAAGCAGAUGCUUUAUUAGGAAAAGCAGCGAUAGAUUUGAAACAAGCUCUUUUAAUACACAAUAGAAAAUUGGAAAGAGUGAAAGAACAAUUAAAACUUUCCUUGGAAAACAAGAAUGGCAUAGUGCAAACUGGUGAAUUGACAGUUGUGCUUGAUGGAUUGGUGAUUGAGCAAGAAAAUCUAACAAACUGCAGCUCAUCGCCAACCAUAGAAAUACAGCAAAAUGGUGAUGCCUUACAUGAAAAUGGAGAGCCUUCAGCAAGGACAACUACCAGGUUGGCUGUUGAAGGUACUAAUGGAAUAGAUAAUCAUGUACCUACAAACACACAAGUCCAAAACUCAUGCUGUUCGUAUGUAGUUAAUGGAGACAACACACCUUCAUCUCCGUCUCAGGUUGCUGCCAGACCCAAAAAUACACCAGCUCCCAAACCACUCACAUCUGAGCCUGCCAAUGACACUGUUAAUGGAGAAUCAUCCUCAUUUGCACCAACUGAUAAUGCUUCCACCAUGGGUACUCCAAUAGUGUCUGAAGAAAAUGCCUUGUCUUCAAAUUGCACUAGUACUGCUGUUGAAGAUCCUCCAGUUCAAGAAAUACUGACCUCCUCAGAAAACGAUGAAUGUAUUCCUUCUACCAGUGCAGAAUUGGGAUCUGAAGCUAGAAGUAUAUUAGACCAUGACAGCUCUAAUUCUGGAAAUAGUUCUCCUUUUGAAGCAGCCAAAUUAAGACAGCCAGAUGAGUGUAUGGAACCUGUACGGCAGCAGUCAGGAAAUGCCAACACAGAAACUUUGCCAUCAGGGUGGGAACAAAGAAAAGAUCCUCAUGGUAGAACCUAUUAUGUGGAUCAUAACACUCGAACUACCACAUGGGAGAGACCACAACCUUUACCUCCAGGUUGGGAAAGAAGAGUUGAUGAUCGUGGAAGAGUUUAUUAUGUGGAUCAUAACACCAGAACAACAACAUGGCAGCGGCCUACCAUGGAAUCUGUCCGGAAUUUUGAACAGUGGCAGUCUCAGCGGAACCAAUUGCAGGGAGCUAUGCAACAGUUCAACCAACGAUACCUCUAUUCGGCUUCAGUGUUAGCUGCAGAAAAUGACCCAUAUGGACCUUUGCCACCAGGCUGGGAAAAAAGAGUGGAUUCAACAGACAGGGUUUACUUUGUCAAUCAUAACACAAAAACAACCCAAUGGGAAGAUCCAAGAACUCAAGGCUUACAGAAUGAAGAACCCCUGCCAGAAGGCUGGGAAAUUAGGUACACUCGUGAAGGUGUUAGGUACUUUGUUGAUCAUAAUACGAGAACAACAACAUUCAAAGAUCCUCGAAAUGGGAAGUCAUCUGUAACUAAAGGUGGUCCACAAAUUGCUUAUGAGCGCAGCUUUAGGUGGAAACUUGCUCACUUCCGUUAUUUGUGCCAGUCUAAUGCACUACCCAGUCAUGUAAAGAUCAAUGUUUCCCGGCAGACAUUGUUUGAAGAUUCCUUCCAACAGAUUAUGGCAUUAAAACCUUAUGACUUGAGGAGGCGAUUAUAUGUAAUAUUCAGAGGAGAAGAAGGACUUGAUUAUGGUGGCCUAGCAAGAGAAUGGUUUUUCUUGCUUUCACAUGAAGUUUUAAACCCAAUGUAUUGCUUGUUUGAGUAUGCGGGCAAGAACAACUAUUGUUUGCAGAUAAAUCCAGCAUCAACCAUUAAUCCAGACCAUCUUUCAUACUUCUGUUUCAUUGGUCGCUUUAUUGCCAUGGCACUAUUUCAUGGAAAGUUUAUCGAUACUGGUUUCUCUUUACCAUUCUACAAGCGAAUGCUAAGUAAAAAACUUACUAUUAAGGAUUUGGAAUCUAUAGACACUGAAUUUUAUAACUCCCUUAUCUGGAUAAGAGACAACAACAUCGAAGAAUGUGGCUUAGAAAUGUACUUUUCUGUUGACAUGGAGAUUCUUGGAAAAGUUACUUCACAUGACCUGAAGUUGGGAGGUUCCAAUAUCCUGGUGACUGAGGAAAACAAAGAUGAAUAUAUUGGUUUAAUGACAGAAUGGCGUUUUUCUCGAGGAGUACAAGAACAGACCAAAGCUUUCCUUGAUGGUUUUAAUGAAGUUGUUCCUCUUCAGUGGCUACAGUACUUUGAUGAAAAAGAAUUAGAGGUUAUGUUGUGUGGCAUGCAGGAGGUUGACCUGGCAGAUUGGCAGAGAAAUACUGUUUAUCGACAUUAUACAAGAAACAGCAAGCAAAUCAUUUGGUUUUGGCAGUUUGUGAAGGAGACAGACAAUGAAGUAAGAAUGCGACUGUUGCAGUUUGUCACUGGCACCUGUCGUUUACCUCUAGGAGGAUUUGCUGAGCUCAUGGGAAGUAAUGGGCCUCAAAAGUUUUGCAUUGAAAAAGUUGGCAAAGACACCUGGUUACCAAGAAGCCAUACGUGUUUUAAUCGCUUGGAUCUACCACCAUAUAAGAGUUAUGAACAACUAAAGGAAAAACUUCUUUUUGCAAUAGAAGAGACAGAGGGAUUUGGACAAGAAUGAAUGUGGCUUCUUGUUUUGGAGGAGCUCUUGCAUUUAAAUACCCCAGCCAAGAAAAAUUGCACAGAUAGUGUAUAUAAGCUGUUCAUUCUGUACAGUGAAUUUUCUGAACUUCUCAAAGUAUAAAUGUUUUCCGUUCUUCCACAGAAAUAUGCAAAACAAUUCAUCCUUUUCUACUUUAUUUAUUGCUCCCUUGAAAUGACUGACCAGGAAAAAGAUCAUCCUUAAAUUUUGAAGCAAGCAAGAGACUUUAUUAAAAAUAAGAAGUAUAUAUCUAUAUAAGCAUAUAUCAUAGUGGCUCUAGUUUUAUAGAGCUCCAAGUGUAUUAAACAUGACAGCCAUUCAUUCAAAAAGAUCUGGAUUUGCUUUACCUUGUUUCUAUUAUCCAGGGGAAAAAGUGCAAAUUGCUCCAUGUUCUUCUCCCUUAUGUAACACCUCCUGAGGGUGUUUAGUUGCAUGGCUGUUCAGGAAGGUAUUAAGGGCUUAGGCCAAAUCUUACUCUGAGUAUGUUAAAAAAAAAAAAUGCUGCUGGCUUUUCCAAAGACAGGUGCUUGAACCUGUCAAUUUGUUUUAAAUAAAUACAAUAGUUGAAAAAAUUUUCCCUCUUUGCUAUACCAGUAAUACAAAAUAAUGAACGAAACCAUAACUUACAUGAAAGUCAUGUCCUAGAUCCAGUACCAUUUAGUUUGUUAUAGAGAUUGGAAAGAUUUCAUUGCCCAGCAUAGAGGUUUGUUUACAUGUUACUUUGGGAUGCUAGGUAUUUUGUGGAAUUAAAAAGAAUCAGGUACUUCUUUACAUUUGUUUUUAAAUCUGUGUUCUUCAAAUUUAAUUCGUAAUAAAUUGAUGCAAUUUGAUACUUAGCAACAUAUAAGAGGUAAUGAGAACUUUGCUGCUUUUGUGUUCAAAGUUUUGGUUUUAUAAAACAAGACGGAUUGAAGAGUUACAUAAGCGUUCAAACACUCUAAACAAGUAUAAGACUAAUGAUUUUCUAUUGGUGUUUGAAUAUCUUUAUUCCUCUCACAUUCAUAACAGUUCUAUGUAUCUGAAUUAAAUAAGCAUAUAAAAAUC